CGUGUUGCACCUGCUCUGGAGACUUCCAGUUUUUGAACACCACACUGUUCUUACCUACUGGCCCUCCAUCCCACACGCACGAGAAGCGAGAAGCACAGAAGCCAUGUUUCCUCUCCGUGUACCGAUCUUGGCUGUACUGGUCAGCCUGGCCCUGUGCCAGGAGUAUGAUUACGACCCUGGUUCAGUGCUGGGGCCAUCAGGGCCCAACUGUGAUCGUGAAUGUGAGUGCCCGAUCAAUUUCCCCAGCGCCAUGUAUUGUGACAGUCGCAAGCUCAAGUUUGUGCCCGUAGUCCCAACAGGGAUCAAGUACCUGUAUCUCCAGAACAACCUAAUUGAAGAGAUCAAGGCAGGAGUGUUUGAUAAUGUAACUUCUGAACUGCGCUGGCUGGUACUUGACAACAACCAGAUCACCAGUGCCAAGGUAGCGAAAGGCACAAUUGACAAACUCACAGCCCUGGAGAAGCUCUUGUUCAGUUUCAACAACCUUACAGAGCCAAUCAUCCCUCCAUCAAAGUCCCUCGAAGAGCUGAAGAUGACGAACAACAAGCUGACCAAGUUCCCCUCAGGACUCCUGAACGACAAGGAGAAUUUGACCUCCAUCAACAUUCAGUUCAAUGAACUGACCUCUGAUGCCAUCUCAGGGGCUUUCAAAGGGCCAAAGAAGCUGCUGUCUCUCGAUGUGAGCCACAAUAAGCUGAAGAAGUUGCCCGCCGGUAUCCCCAGUUCACUGGAAAUCCUCUAUGCUGACUACAACAACAUUGACAGUGUUGGAGCAGGAUACCUGAACAAGCUUCCCAACCUACAGUACCUGAGAAUCUCCCACAACAAGCUGGUGGACACUGGAAUCCCUGCAGGAGUGUUCAAUGUGACAUCACUGGUGGAGCUGGACCUCUCUUUCAAUAAACUGCAGUCCAUCCCUGAGAUCAAUGAGCAGCUGGAGCAAUUCUACCUGCAGGCCAACGAGAUCAACAAGUUUGACCUGGCAAGUUUCUGCAAGUUCAUCGGACCCCUCAACUAUUCACGCCUGAAGCAUCUGCGUCUGGAUGCCAACAACAUCACGCACAGCAGCAUGCCCCCUGAUUCAUCCAACUGCCUGCGCCAGGCUUCGGACAUCAUGUUUGAAUAAGGACCUCCUUCAGUUCUAUGGCCUCUCUAUGACCCACCUCUCUAUGACUAAGCUCAGCCGAAAGCCUUCUGGAUUUAAAAGUCGUAAUAUCAUGCCUUUCAUAAUACUGAUAUGUCCUUGCACUUCUCACAUAAAUGUUAUUAUCAUGUUGAUCAGUUAAGUGUGGCUUGAGCAAGUAUAAAGCUGGGCAAAUUUGGGAUGCAAUAGAAGGCAUGACAAACUAUCAACUAUAUUGCCAAGUUUUUCCUAACAUAACUUCCAAAAUAUGACAUCAGAUGAUUAAAUUCAUCCAUUUCGCAUUUAAAAUAUUUGGUUCUUAAUAUUUGGAGGUAUAAAUGAAGUGUAAUUGUUAAAGAAGCCUAAUAAUCAAGAGUACUAUGAAUAAAAAUGUAUUCAUAUGCUUCGAUUAAGACACACACUUUAAACAUUCCAAACUUCCAUUUGAGUGUCUUGAAUAGACAUAGUGGAGUAAACAAUAACCAAGGUUCUCCAAUGUCUUAAUUCAGUUGUAGUGUCAUUUUAUUGUCUUGUCUUGUAUGUUGCAGUGUCUAGCAUGUAUAAUAUAAUCAGGGUACAAUUAUUAAUCCAUUGCUGUGCAAAGGACCAGCAUUUAAGGACUACGUACUCAGAUUUCAGUGUGUAAUGUAAGACAUUAUCAUCAAAUGUAAAAUAGCAGUUACAUAGCAGACACAUUUUCAACACAUUAAAUAAAUCAGAGUGGUUUUAGUGUUUUGAACUCACGUCUGCAGUUGUCAGCCUACUUCAAAUUCAGUUGAUGCAUGACGUUACAAUGAUUGGCUACUUCAAUAAAUGAACAAUAAAUAACUUAGAAUCACUCUUGUCUCCUCAGAAAUAACUUUCCAGUUCUUCAAUGCAGUAACUUUGAACCCAAAAGACAUGGCUACUUUGGAUUGGGAUUACUUUCCCUGUUCAGUUAGACCAUUGAGAUGAAAAGACGAUGUUUUCUAGAAAUCGUGAGUCACAUUGUUUCUAUAUGUUACCUAUUUCCUAGCUGUCCGCUGUCAUGCACAAUGCUGAUGUGUAUACAACAUUUCCAUGACUUGCAUGCGCCCAAUGGUGCCAUUCUUUGAUAAUAAACUACAGCUUGUUGCAGUUAAGGUUCUUUCAUUGUUACGCUGUUGUUUACCAUGAAUGAUAAAUACUUCUUACCAGCAUUACAUCAACUUGGCGCCAUUGUCAUGUUGAUUGAAUGGUGUAUCUAUGUCAUUUUGUGUGGGUAAUUUUUCAUUUCAUCCUGACUUCUUUUGAGGCUUUUGAUUCAGUAAUUGAUCUUGGAUUUACUGUGAGAAAACCAAACACAGUUGAAUAAACUAUGUUUCCAACAUA